UUCAGUUUGUGCCAGUGCGCGAUUGGAGAACAACGCGAAUAGCUGAGGCCAUAGAUUGAGUGAGAGCCAGAGACAAAGAUGUGGACCACUCUGCUGGCGGCCGUGCUGGGCGCCUGCCUGGGCGCCGCGGAGUCGCAAAUAGCCUACACGGGCCACCUGUCCGAGCUGCGCAUCAAGGAGCUGAGCCACCUGGCCAUGCGCAUGGAGCAUUCGAUUAAUUCCAGAAAAUAUGCCUGCGACAGCUACUACGAUCACGUCUGCAGUCGCAAUCGGCCGCUCUUCUCGGUCAUGGGUCACAUGCCGCAGAGCAGCGAUCUGAUCCAGCUGCUGACCAGGCUGCAAAAUGAUCCGGAACAGUUCGAGGCUAAGCAGAAGCUCAUCGAUUUUUUCAUCUCGUGCAACACACUGAAGUCUCUGCAGGAUUGCUAUCGUGAGACCUUUGAGUACUUUAAGCCGCUGUUCGGCUACAUUAUUACGAAGGAUUUGGUGGAGGGCAGCUCGCACGAGUUGCGCGAAUUCCGGGAGCUAAUCCAACGUUUCGUGGAGCGCAGCAAAUCCGUGUUCGGCACGGAUGCACAUCCUCUGCGCAAUCGGCUGCAGACGUACAAGGAGAAGUUCGCCUCGCCGAAAAUCUACUUUUAUGCGGGCGAUCUUAACCGGGAGUACGCCGGCCUGCGCAUCUAUCGGGAGAGCUAUGAGCACAAUUUGCGUAAUCUGGAGCAGCAUCGGAAGCGCAACUCAACCUACGAGCUGGGCGUGCAGCGGACGAUGCUCGACUGGAGCCUGUAUCUCUACCAGAGCCGGCACAAGCCCAUGUCGUAUUAUUAUCCCACGUUCACGGUGCAUCUGUACAUGACCAUGUUCAAUAUAAGCGAACGCCAACGGGAUCCGACCCACUUCCGGGAGGAGGUCGAGUGCCUCAAGUUGCCGCAGUACGUCAAUGUGCUCAGCGAGGCCCGAUUGUUGGCCAUCAUCUACCUGAAGAGCUUCCGGCACACCUGGCAGGAGUACUCCGACUGGAUACAGUCCUCGACCAAGCAUCGAGAGAUCUACGACCACGAGAACGAGAUCCUUCGCCAAUAUCAGCUGAGCAACAAGCGUCUCUUCUUCACGCUCUACGCCCAGAACUUCUGUGAGUUUGGCAAGGAACUGGCCGAACAUGUCUUUUACCUGGGCCUCAAGGAGAACGCCGACUUCUUCAAUACCUACUCGUGCGGCUAUCAGACAGAUACGGCCCGGAACUGUGUCUAAAUUCCAACUAGUUGUAGUUCAAGCUGUAAGCCAAGCUAAAAUAAUCAAUAAAAGUACAUAGGUCCAUUAGCAGAUACCCUUUACUG